GUAUUAGGACCUUUCAAGUAGGGGCACCAAAUUUCACAGGGAAUGGCCCAAAGAGCUAGGGAAAUAGAAAAUAAUCUCUUAACCAGGGAGAGUUUCAUAGAAACCCUUGCUGCAGCAUGCGACAGAAGACCGUGUUAUGGCUCAAUGGCAAGCUCCAGCGCACAGCAAACUACGGAGGAAGAGGUCUGCACGCUAUUUCGCCGAGGCUCUCAACCAGGCGAACGUUUCCCUGCUCCUGUUUACAACCUGAGGCAAUUCUCCAAACCGCGCAAAGAGUACAGAGGUCAUGGCUGCAACAGUUAGCUUGGAGUUGGACCCAAUCUUUCUCAAAGGGUUGGGCUACCUCAAUUCUAAAAGCAGAGAUUCUGCUGAAAAACUUAAGGCUCUAUUGGAUGAAUCCUUAGCGAGAGGUAGUGACUCCAGCUAUCGGACUUCACCAAAGGAAGUGGAAGUUGCCAAGGUAUCUGUCACAAAAGUGAACGUGAGCAAAGAUCCAAAACAAAAAGGCACCUCUGGUUCGUCUUUGUCGAGCAGCAAUAAUGGCAAAUCCAGCAGCUUUGAAAAGACCAAGAAGGAGGCUGAAAAGAGACCUUCAGAAAAGGUGAAGGUAGAUCUGGUUGAUGGGGUGGACCCACCGAAGAAACCUCGAUUGGAGAAACCAGAGAACCGGUCCUCUCCGGUCACAGUUCAGGCCAGUAAAGAGCUCAGCCUGCCUUACCUGUCCAGCUUUGACGAGACCAGCGCCGAUGACUUCGCCAUGGAGAUGGGACUGGCCUGCGUGGUUUGCCGGCAGAUGACGGUGACUUCUGGAAACCAGCUUGUGGAGUGUCAGGAGUGUCAUAACCUGUACCACCAAGACUGUCAUCGGCCUCAGGUGACGGACAAGGACGUGAAUGACCCGCGGCUGGUGUGGUACUGCGCCCGCUGUACAAGGAAGAUGAAGCGCAUGACGCAGAAGCCGCCGCAGAAACCAGCCCCUGUGCCGGUCACGGCAGUCCCCGUGGUGAAGGACACGCUGGUGAAGAAGCCGGAGCUCAAACCCAAACCGGACACGGCCAGCACCUUCCAGGCUUUCAAGAGAGCGGAGGUCAAGUCUUCCGCGGCAGUGUCUUCGGGCCCCUCUGGCGGUAACUCCUCCCUGCAGUCCUCCAGCGGACUCACAGGCUGGGCUGCCUUCGGCGCCAAGACCCCCGCCGCCGCCGGCAAGCUGGGCCCGGCUGUCCAGAGCAGCGGGGGAAGGUCCAGCCCCGCCUCGUCCACACAGAAGCCGGCAGCGGGUCUGUCCGCGCUGGCCGGGGCCAAGGCCAGCCUGGGCACCAAGGCGACAGGGAGCAGUGGCGGCAGUGGUGGCUCCUCCCCCGGACAGACCCCGCUGAAGCCCCCGCCCCCGCUGACCCUGGGGAAGCCCGGCCUGAGCCGCUCGUCCAGCGGCGACGGGGCCGGCAAAGGGGCGGUGGCCAGCGGAGGGGGCGGAGCCUCAGGGGGGAACGGCAACGGGGGCAGCAGCGGCGGUAGCGGAGCCAAGGCUGGCGGAGAGGCCUCGGCCAGCGGAAAGAACCCCACUUCCCAGGAGUCUCAGCUCAAUGCCAUGAAGCGCCUGCAGAUGGUGAAAAAGAAGGCCGCGCAGAAGAAGAGUGGAGCCGGAGGACUGUACUGAGAUAUUGUGUCACGGCAUUGUUUUUUCUUUUCUCUUCCUUUUAUUAUCAGAACUAGUAUUAACAAGGAAUAAAGUGUUUCAGUUCCUCUGUGAAAUAAGUGUGCCUCAUUUAUUCAGAUGGAUAAAGAUGGCUUCUGUAUCAUUUUGUUGUUGGAAGUAGCUUUUUGGAAAAAAAUUAAUAAAUAGCUUAUUUUUUAAUUCAUGUCAUUGGUUGUACUAUAUGUGUGAUCUCUGGGGAAAUUUGUUCAGAGGUGCUUACAGUAUACAUUGGGGUGAAGAGUUUAUAUCUUUAAAAAUGUGACUCGGCCCUGAGUUCAUGUGAACGUGGUUUAUGUACGGAUUGUGUGAUUUCUCAGGUAAGCGAUGUCAUAGUAUUUAUGUGUGUUAAUGACAAGCCCUGAUUUCCUCAAUUCUUCAUGUGUUUAAUCACGUUUUUGUGGCUCAGUUAAGACUAAAUGGGGUUGAAGCUCGGCCAUGCUGCUAGUCAUAAAUAACCAGAAGGCCAUAAGCAGAGGACACCAUUGCCUUCUUUUCACCAGAGAUAUACCGAAUUUUACAGUAUAAAUAAUGGUAACUAUAUGUUAGACAUGUUAGGAAGCUGUUUCACAUGUUAAAUGUAUUACAGUGUUUCACCGUAAAAAAUACAAUUAUUUACAUUUUAGGUGUUCACACCUGUUUCAUACCUUUUACUGUACAAUUCACAGACAUUUAUACAGUGUUUGGUUGGCCAGGGUUUGCUGGUAUUGGGUCUUGCCAAUGGCAUAUCUGGCUCCCACAGGCUACCAUUUUGGGGAAGUGAAAACUGCACUUCUUCCUGUUCAAUUGCUGUUCUGAAUGUUAAGGCUGAUGCCAAUCAAUAUUUUUAGGUGUCGUGUCCAAAACAUCAUUGGUAGAAUGAGCCCAAUGCUUGUUCAGUAUUUAGAAAUGUUUACUGCAGUCACAUGUGGUGCAGGCAGGGAAGUAUUUGUCUGAAACAAUACCAGUCACUAUAUUAAAACCACUUGGCGGUGACUUUGUGUGCCAAAUAUUAUAGAAAAGUAUAAAACCAAUGUUUUCCUUUUGUGACUCAGGUUUACUACUUAAGAGUUAAAGUGAUGGUAGAAAUUGAAAGAAAGAAGUGUGCUGAAGAGAUAUUAGCCCAAGAUUUUUUUAGUAUGAAUGUUGGGGAAUCGGGCUUGUAACUCCAGUUUUGCAUAUUUGAUUCUCAGGUGGGGCCCUGGUCUGGUAGCCUGGGGCAAGGUACUUAACCUGAAAUGCUUCAGUAAAUAUCCAGCUGUAUGAAUGGAUUCUGUGUAAAUAACAUAAGCUGUGCAAGUAGGAUAAGGGUGUCAGCUCAAUGCAUAAAAUGUAAUGAAUAUCAAAAAAAUAGAAAUGUCUCGUAUAAAAACUGAAAAAUGUUUUUAUGUUUAGCUGCUGAAAAUCCAUGUUAAAUAUAAUGUUAUGGAAUAUUGCCAUAUGCAGCCAUGUUAGAUUUUUUUUUUUUUUUUUACAGCCUAGAGCAUUUCUGCUCAUCAGAAGUUUGAACAUCUCCUCGUUAUUACUAUGAUUUAUAAAACGUAUGUGAUGAAAA